UCGCCAAUUUACUCUGUUAUCAGCUCUUAACUACCUAGGGACCGACAACCGUGGAGGGAAACGGGUUGUUCCAAAAAGAAACCGUCAUUUGGUCGGAGAGGUAGACUUAAUAGUGAACAGCACAGAGGUAACACAACAACUGAUUUCAAGGAAGCAACUAUUGGCCGCUCAAGCAGCCUAUGUAACGACGAGGCAAGGCAUUAUAUCAUAAUUAUAUAUGGAAAUAUCAAUACUGUCACCGUGCAAGUGACAUAGUCCAAUGAUGUUUGAUAAUUCGCAGUAUCCGUAUAACUGUUUCAAUUAUGACGGAGAUGGAUAUCCCACUUGUAGUACUGAGGAAGAGAAGAAAAUGUGCCGACCUGCUUACAGUUACAUCGCACUUAUCGCAAUGGCCAUUCAGCAGAGCCCAGAGAACAGAGUCACUUUAUCGGGCAUAUAUGAGUUCAUAAUGAAGAGGUUUCCUUACUACAGGUCUAACCAGAGAGCUUGGCAAAACUCUAUUCGACAUAACCUGUCCCUCAACAGCUGUUUCAUAAAGGUUCCCAGGACGGAGGGCAAUGAGAAAGGGAAAGGUAACUACUGGACAUUUGCCACAGGUUGUGAGUCCAUGCUGGAUCUCUUUGAGAACGGCAACUUUCGACGCCGCCGGCGCAGGCGCAAUGUGAAGAUGGGCUUCCGGGAGCCGGCCGAGCCUUUCUUACCCGUGGACGGCCCGCAUGGGCCCGCGGUCAGGCAGCUGGACACUGACCCCUUCUACCCGACCGACCCGAGCCACAGGCAGGCCCAGCUCAACCCAUCCCUGGGAAAACCCGACUCGGAGAUCAAGUUCAGCAUCGACUACAUCCUCUCCACCCCAGACCCCCUCCCUGGCUUCAGGCCCCCUCUCUGUAGUGCUCCGGGAGCUUCAGUUCACCUUCUGGAGCCGCAGCACCUCAAUCUGCACUUCUGGACAAUGUGACCCUAACUGCAGUCUGGGAGACCCUAUAUUUUUUUAAGGGGGAACAGACCACUGGAGCCGACUCAGUCUGUUCAUCCUAAAGAUUCAAUUUUCAUGGGGAAUAUUACAGAUUUUUGUUCCGGGGAAAAAACGAUAGUGAAAUACAGAAUGGACUUUCU